CAAAGUUAAAUUGCUAGUAACUAACACCGAGGCUAUUGAAAACUUUAAAUAACCUGAACAGGCAAAUUGAAUACAAUAUUUAUAAAACCGGUAAAAUGAGCUCGUUCAUCGGUAAAUUCAAACAGAUCUCAUCCAGCAAUUUGGUGGCGAUUUGUAAAGAGUACGGCGUGUCGGACGACGAGGCACAUCGUAUGGCGUCCCUCACCCGGACACUCGAGUUCAGCAAAGAGGACACUAUUUAUACGAUUAAAGGAAUCCUGGUGUUUGUGGUCAAUCAGUUCCAGUUGGGAAAGGAUUUCGACUGUAACCACUACGAUGGCACUACUACCAAGGCACUGAUGGUGUUGGACGACAAUAAACUCGUGAUGACAAUGGGUGACAAAAAAGGGACACGAGCUGUAUACGAGAUGGUGGGCAAUGAGCUCCGGGUGACCCAUACUGUGGGGCCGGUAGUUGCCUUCAGCACAUACGCUCGUCAAUAGACUACAGUACAGUACUCUCAUUGACAAUCUAUACAAUUGUUUUGUCGCGUUUAAGAUUA